GUUUCCUCCAAGAAAAGCAAUUAUUAUCAGGAAAAGCUAGAAAACAAAAUAGAAGAAGGAUCGAUCGAUAUCAAAAUAGAAGGUGUUUUGUGGAAAAAUAGAAUCCUUGUUCAAUAUGCAUUUCAUUGAAACUCCCACCAAAAAAAAUUAUGCAUUUCAAAUUUUGAUUUUCACAGCAUUCAGAUUAGAUAAAAAUUAAGGGGGGGAACAGUCAUCUAGCUACUCAAGUUUAUAUAUAUACACACACUUAAAGGGAUAGAAGCUUACUUAUGCGUCAUAUAUGUACGCCCACGUUAGAAGCACUAAUGCAAUAAUUUUUGAAAUUAAACGUAGUUGAACAAGAACGAUAAAUAUUAUUGGAUGACAAAUAUAUGAUACUAUAUAAUAAAAGGUAGAACAAUUUUAUUUGGUUACUUGAAGAUAGAGUACAAUAACAAUAUUGUUGGUCUGGCUGUAUAUUAAUUAGUUAUAUGAUCUAAACAAAUUUUUAGGGAUAGGUCAUUGUCGUUGGCAUGUGCUAUUUGCUGCUGGCCCUCUCUGUACUAUAUAUACAUUGACGAUAACAAAAAAAAAAGGUGGGAAAAGACAUGUAUACGUGCAUAUGAUGCAUCUGAUCAAAACACAAAUAUGAAUGUACAUAGCUGUACUUUGAUUACGUUGCUAGCUAGCUAAUAUAAAAGAUUAGGUGAUAGAUAAACUGAUUAUUGAUAACCGUAGUUGUGAACUUGUGAUCCAUAUUAAUAAAAUAUAUAUAUAUAUAUAGAGAAUAAUUGAAUAGCUAUAGCUUAUGGUAGCAGUCGUGGCCAUGGGGCGGCUUCGUCCCUUUUGUGUGGAAGAGAGUUGUUCAUGUCCAUGAUAAAAGGAAAUGGGCAUGCGUGUAGGGUAUCAAAUCCAUAGUCAUAUGCGCAGUAGUACUGUUCCAUUUCUAUACGCGAUGGUGAUCUAGCUAGGGUUUCCUUUUUAUCAGAAAAAUAUAUAUAUCAUGAUCGUUCAUUAUGUAUUGUAUGCCCCAUUCCAACAAAGCUGAAAAUGUGAAGAAAGUAAAGUAAAAGAGAUAGGUUGUGUCUCUCUUUUCCUGUAUAACUCUUUUUUCCCCAUGUAUAGCUUGUUGAUACGUAGGGGUGCCUAUGGUACUUUUUUUUUUCACAAUAAGUAAUUUCCAUAAUUCAUUCAAAUCAACGAUAGGAGUACAAGCAAAACCGAAUUACAAGAUCGGAUUUAAAAUGUCAAGCACUUGGAUCCAUUCUUGAGGAUGCAGAUGGUUUUUUUUUAUGAUGACCCCAAGUGCCUAUGGUACAAUUGAUACACUUUUUUGUGAUGCUGCAUCCACCAGCACCUCUCUUUUUUGUUGUGAACGAAAGCUUCUGUUCAUUCCAUCAAAUAUUGCAAUACAGGUUGAGCCUGAUAGCAAUCCAUUUAUUCACAAGUGUCCCUUCCACACGGACCGGUACGGUUAAAUUGGCCCGAAUUGAUCAGGUCCCAAUCCGGUCUUUGCGGGAAUAUAAGGACCAAAGAUUGGAUUGGGUACAGUCCGGUUUCUAUCCGGUUCGGUCUUGACCCGAUCCGGUCCCAAUUCGGUCUUGAUUUUAUGUUGAGCUUGUGGUGAUUUGAGUGGCCUAAGGACUCAAAGGGUGAGGAGUUGGUUAAGUUUGGGUGUUGGGCUCUCUUAUCCGGUUUUUAUCUGGUUUUCGAUCCGGUCCCAAACUGGUUUUACCUCAAAUUUAAGCCCGAAGAUUGGAUUGGAUUGUUUGUUAUCCGGUUCCAGUCCGGUCCCGGUCCGAGUUAUACUGUCCGGUUUCGGGUAAAACCAAAUAGCCCGAACCAAAUAGCCGAACCAAAUAACCUCGAUAUAUUUUUAGUAUGAUUUUUAUUACCAAAAGGGUAUCUCAAUAAAGCUAUCAAAAUGAUCAAUAAAUUAAAUACAACUUGAAUUCAUGAAUCCAACUCUCAAAAUCCACACAAAAAUUCAAUCGUCGAAUUCUCAUACCAUACAAUUUCAUCCACAUCUUCGAUCCAUCAACUCACGAAUCCAAUUACAUUUGCCAACUCCAAAUUUUUGGACAACGUAACUUAACCAUAGGAAUUUACUCAAUAUCCUCGUUCCUACUGAAGUCCACAAGCAGAAACACUUUUCUCAAGACUGACUGUAAAAAUCUGCAUGAAUUAAUGUAAUCUAAUCUCCAGUACAUAUUUUCGUGGUCAUAAUCAUAUUACUGAUGAGUUUAGACUUUUAGAUAUCAUAUACACAUCAUGCAUAACAUUAUUAAUAUUAUUAUUAUAUCAAGUGUUUAGUUUGUUUAAUAAUGGAGCAUUAAUUUGAAAUGCGAAGAGGAGGAAUUAAUGAUGGGAUUGACCAGGUAAAGAAGAACGAGGACCGAGGCCAUUCCCCCCGCACCUCGAGGCCGUAGGAUUGAGAGUUUGACCAACUUCCCCUUCCUCACCCUCACGUGCGUUCCUUCCGCAUCCAUUUAACCACAUUUAUUAUUUUAUUUAUAUUUCUCCUUUGUUUAAAUUAAUUAAUUAACUAAUCACCUGUUACGGCGCUUUGAGCUGUAAACUAAUCGCCGACUGCUCCGACCAACCCCUAACUAACCACCGACCCGACUACUUCCUGCCCGAACCCAACGUCCAUUUCCACAGUUGGACUUGCUCCUCUAAUUUAAAAAGUAGUUUUAAGCUCUUGCUGAAACCACGGUCCAUUUCAAUAGCUCUUUCUAGAAGUCAUUAUUCAUUGACUAGCAAGCAAAAAGAUAACAGGGAAAAUAAGGGAUUACUGGGUAGUUGGGAGAGGGAAGCAAACAGCAGCUAAUUAAGAAAGAGGAAAGGAUACUCUUAUUCCUAGUAGACAGUAGACACAGACAGAACAAUAUUUGAAAACGCAAAGCGUUAAAUGCAAGUCAGCCAUUGGUCUCCAACGGAGGAGCAUUUUCCCAACGACAAAGUCAAUUCAGAAUUUCGACUGCGCCCCCUCCCCUAAUUGCCGCCGGGAGGGAAAGAAAACACCGGACCUCCAAUCAUAGUUGUGGCGCUCCACAUCCAUGAAAGCUGGUUAAAGCUGUAUUUUCACAUCGUUACAUGCAUUUGUAAGGAAAACAAUACUACUUCAACAAAAACAUAGCAGGUUUUGAAAAUAACUUACACUCGAGUAAUAUAUAUUAUGAUAUAUUCGAAUUAAUCCACCUAAGACGAGAUGAGAUGAGAUAACAUGGAUGAUCAAAUUCAAUGACUAAUAUGUGCUAUCUCAUAUGACCUCAUAUAUGAUAAAAGGAGCUACAGAGAAAUGAAGUUUUUUUCGUAGCAAGAAAGAUCCAUGAGGAAGCUAAUUUAUUAUUUACUUAUCUCAAGCGAGAGGCUAAAUUAAAUUAUGAUUUAACUUAAAGGGGCCAACAUCCACCUAGUUGGAUUCAACUCAAUUCAGCUAGGUGAUAUAUAGUUCACUUAGCUCACACUAACAAUAACUCAGCCACCCAGCUUUUACUAGAUAAAACUGCUCUUAAUUAACUAAAGGCUGAUAGAGGUAAAUGACACUAGUUGUAAGCAUCUCGACGUAUUUGUGUGAUUGGCAGUAGUGAUUUUAUAAAUGAUUCACUCUGUCACAUAGAUAUAGGUUGUAAGUGAGAAUUCUAAUUACUUCAAGCUCCAAAUUUCAACCUAAAACCUUUAAUCCUUUAUCCUUUGGACGGUCUUCAAGUUGAAUUUGUAUCAACACUCUCUUUCUAAAAGACAUUAAGUUAUAAAAGCAUCUUAUACGUAUUUAUGCCAUGCAAUGUAACCUUUUUUAAAUGAAAACAAAAGGAAGGAUGUAAAUGUACUAAAGUUAGAAUUAUUUUUUAUGAACUAAAGUUAGAAAAUUAAACACGGGGAAAUCAUAUUAAACCUCCAAUAAAUAUAAUAAGGGGAAAAUGUUACAUCAUAAUCCCCCACAAAUUUACAAUGCAAAAUGGACAAAGAAAGAUUAAUAUAAAAUCUCCCUUAAAUCUUUGCCAAAAAAUUAUCUCCCUUAAAUAUCAUUGUCAUAAUUUAAUACAUUCUAUCCACUAAAAUACGUUGAAUCGUUCACAGCAAAAUUAAAAACAAAUGUUACAUCAUAAUAAUGCAUAUUUACCAAAUUAAUUAUGAGAGUUUUCUAUACUUUUAUUGCCUUAUAUCGUUUUCCAAAUUUUUAAUAUGUUGGUGCAAUAUAACAAUCUCUACAUGUAUCGAGCAAUUAAGACUGAUCCGGUAUACCCUAUCAAUAUAGUAGCAAAAUCUCACAUAUUGGACGUAUGUGUUUACAAGGUCAUUUGGAUAAAUCAUUUAGAGCAAUGUAUUGUUUAGGAAAAUGGAAAAUUCAUAAUACGUAGAUAUGUUGCCAAUUAUAAAACAAGCAAGGAAAUCUGAAAAUGAAAUCAUACAUAGAAUACUAAUAAUAAUUGAUUUGGGUAAUAAUUGCUAGUUGAUUAGGACCACGGCCAUCUAAGCAAAACAACAAAGCUAAUUGGCUUGACCCCAAUCAUGCAUCAUCACCACAAUUAAAAAAUUAACACCAAAUGCACCUUAAUUAAUUAAUCAAUUAAAAUCCCCACAAAGAAGAACUUUAAAACGAAAUCAGUAGAUUUUUUAUAAUCAUCAUCACCAUGACCAUCACCAUUCCAAGACAAAUACACAAUACAAUACCCUCUCCCUGGUUUCUCUAAUUCACUUCACAUUCAGUUGAUUCCCCUUUCCUCCCCUACCAAACUCCCACUAUAAAAAUCCACCAUUCCCACUCGCCUUCCUUCACUCUCGCCCCUCUCUUUCCCCCACAAAAGUAAAUAACCCAAACCACCUUACCUUCUCUCUCCCCUCGCAGUAAAUGUACAGCGGCGUCUCUGCCGUUUGGCUAAACGAGUUCUGACAGAAAACCGCCACACUUCGCCUUUCCUUUCCUCUCUUUCUUUUCCCUGUCCCUCCGGCAGCCGACCUGCAACUGCAAACACUGCCACAAACGAUUAAAGCCGAACGACUUUUCUCCCUCAUCCUCUGUCUCUGCUAAUUUUGUUUUCCUUAUCUCGUUAAAAGGAAACAGUAAAAGAGAAUUUCAAAUUAGGCGUGAGGUUUUUUGUUUUCCGUUUCUCCCGGAAAGGCACAAAUGCUGGAAGCGGUCAAGUACUUGAUCGGCGCGCACGGAGCUAGCGGCUAUGGCUCCAAAUCCACCGCCGAGGGAGUCACCGAGAGCUGCGGCGAUCUGCGCUCCCUCACCGCCAUCAUCACCGGAGCGACGUCCGGGAUAGGAGCGGAGACGGCGAGGGUGCUGGCGAAGCGAGGGGCGAGGGUGGUGAUGCCGGUGAGGAAUAUGAAGGCGGCGCAGGAUACGAAGGCGCGUAUCUUGUCGGAGUGCCCCGAUGCGACGGUAAUCGUCAUGGCUCUGGAUCUAAGCUCGCUCCGUUCCGUCAGAAGCUUCGUCGCUGAGUUCGAGUCACUUGAUUUGCCUCUCAAUCUCCUCAUAAAUAACGCCGGAAAAUUCGCCCACCAGCAUGCGAUCUCGGAAGACGGGAUAGAGAUGACCUUUGCCACUAAUUACCUAGGCCAUUUUCUGCUGACGAAUCUGUUGGUGGGGAAGUUGACCCAAACGGCGAGAGAAACGGGGAUCCAAGGGAGAAUCGUGAACGUGUCGUCGGCUAUUCAUGGCUGGUUCGCCGGCGACAUGCUGCAGUAUCUGGCAGAAAUUUCUCGACAGAAAUGCCCUAAUUACGAUGCUACACGUGCAUAUGCUCUCUCCAAGCUUGCGAACGUCCUCCACACCAAACAGCUUGCCCAUAGGCUCAAGGAAAUGAAGGCGAACGUGACGGCGAACUGUGUGCACCCAGGAAUCGUGAGGACGAGGCUGACGAGAGAGAGGGAAGGGUUCGUGACGGACGCCGCCUUCUUCCUGGCUUCCAAGCUCUUGAAAACCAUCCCUCAGGCAGCCGCGACAACUUGUUACCUUGCAACAAAUCCAAGGGUGGGGAAGGUGUCGGGGAAGUACUUUGCGGAUUGCAACGAAGCAACAGCGUCCAAGUUGGGAUCCAGCGCAAGCGAGGCAGCUCGCCUAUGGUCCGCCUCUGAAAUCAUGACUAUUCGCUAGCAACCACCUGACGACGAGACGACCCCAGCUUCCAUUCCCCCAGCCCAUAAAAAGGAAAAAAGGUGAAAAAAGCGCAAAGCUAAAGGAGUGAUCCAUAAUCAGCAAUAAUGAUUAAGGAGAUAACUAGGAGUACUAUGUAGGGCCCUCCAUAUUUAUAUAUAUACAACAAGUACCAUAGAUAUAUAGAUCGAGAAAGAGAGAGAGAGACUUCAAAAUUUGUACACAGCUUAGUUAAGUAUGUUAGUGAUAUAUAUAUAGAGAGAGAGCGAGUUCUGGUAAAGAAGAAAGUGGUGCUUAAUGUAGUUUAAGUUUGUUAUAGUUCUGAUAAUCAAUGUAUUUACCGUAAUGAGUUAGAGAGAGUUGAAUGAAGUAUGUUUUGUAUGUUAAUAAGGUGGGGUGGGUUGAUUACAACAUAUAAUAAAACAAACCAACCUAAAGUGGUUAAUUGUGUAUGGGGUUAUUGUUAUUGUACAAUGAUUAUGGAGGGAGUUUGAUUAUGUCAUGCAAUUAGUUGUAUCAUGUGGGUUGUGGGUUUGAUAAUCGGGGAUUAAUGAAUGAAGGUGCUUGGAAAGGGGCCAGGGGGAAGAGGAAACAUAAAUUACUAGUACUAAUCCUUCUCCCUCCCUCGCUGCUAGCGAUGGCAAUUGGUCGGGUCGGGGACGGAUAGUGUAUAUCCGUUAUCCUACUCAAAGUAGUUCGGGUUUUAUCCAUGCCCAUACCCACAUAAGAAACAUACCUACAUAAGAAACGGGUAGAAUAUCCAAACCAUGCCCAUACCCGUUCGGGUUUCGGGUAUUCACGGUUAUCCAUGGGUAAUAAUUUUUCUUUAUAACUCCAAUCAAUAUGUUAAUAUUUACACGUAUUCUCACGUUACGUAAGACGAAAAGUACGACAAUUAUUCACUAGAAUGAAGAAAAUUAAUUAAAACAACACAAUUUCAUAAAAAAUUAUAUUUAUAUGCUAAAUAUAAAAUAUGUUAGAGAAAAAUAUUGAUUAUUUCUAGACAAAAUACAUGUGCAUGUGUAUAAUCGGGCGGGUUCGGGUUGGAUAGUGAGAAAACAAUGCCCACCUAUUACCUGCAAUAUUCGAGUUCGGGUUUUACCCGUACCCACUAAAAGUUUUUCGGGUUCGAGUUUUAUCCUAACCGAUUAGGUCGGAUUCGGGCGGAUAUCCACGGUUACGGAUAUUUUUGCCAUGCUCGCUGCAAUUUUGUUAAUAUAUUGGGCGCCUUUGA